AUGAUUUCUCUUGUUAUUUUAUUGAUUGCAAUUGGAAUUGGAUCAUUUCUUUACUUAACAAUUGAUACAGAUUUCGAAGCACAACCAGGAAUGGUUCGUACUGCUGGUUCACCAAGAGAAUUUUCAUCUGACGAUAUUGGUCGAAUAAUCAAUACAGCUCGUCAAGCAUGGUCAAUUGUUGAUCAAAAUCGCGCUGUUGUCGAUAUUCAAACAUCUUAUAGUAAUGUUCUUCCUUCUCACAUAACUGAUCCAUUUGAACUUCAAAGUUGGUCAUCACCACCUGCUUCUCAUUCAUAUACUGUUCAAGUUUACAAUCGAUUAAAACAACGUGUCCUUCAAUUUACUUAUUCACUUCAAUUCACUUAUGGUGGAUCAUUAGAUGGAAAAGGUGCGUAUUUAGAUCGCGUUACUAUUGUUCCAUCACGUAUUUCAGUCGCAUGGGCUUAUGUUUUCAAUGCAAGUGUUCAUGUUGUGUCUGUGUAUAAUGUUGGCACACGAGAUGAACCAAUUGCUGCUGCUCAUAUUGAAUUAUGUUAUCGAUUAGCUGGAUUGAAUACAGUGGAAAGAACUGAAUCUUUUCAUUUUUUUUUAUAUUUAAAGAAAAUGGAUUUUUGUUAUCAUUCUCAAAUGAGAGAUGCUCGUAGUUGUAAAAAUCUGACAACCAACGGACGUUUUAUAUAA